GCCAGAUUCACACAAAUCUUCUUCCUUCAAUUAUUUCAACUUCUCUUGGCGUGAGAUUUGAGAUGAGUUUGGUCUGAAUGUUUGGUGGUUUUGGAUAUGGACCGGAGGAGCUGGUUAUGGCGGAGGAAGUCAUCUGAGAAAAGUCCCGGCGAAACUGAGAGUACUGGCUCUGUCUCUUCUCAUUCUGAAAGAUUCUCAGACGAUCAGAGAUCUCAAUCACCGGAAUUAAUAUCUAAACCGGUAACAAGAGAAGAAGAGGCAACGGCGGAUAUCAAGAUUCUAACGGAGAGGCUCUCUGCAGCUCUUUUAAAUGUCAGUUUAAAGGAAGAUCUUGCUAAACAGCAUGCUAAAGUUGCAGAGGAAGCUGUCUCAGGUUGGGAAAAGGCAGAGAACGAAGCUGCGGCUCUGAAGCAACAGCUUGAUGCUUCUACGAGUAAGGUUUCGGCUCUUGAGGAUCGAAAUAGUCAUCUUGAUAGUGCGCUUAAGGAAUGUGUGAGGCAACUCUGGCAAGGAAGAGAAGAGCAAAAUCAGAAGAUCGAAGAAGCUAUAAACAAUAAAUGCAAAGAGUGGGAAACUAAAAAAUCUCAACUUGAAGCCCGAAUUGAGGAGCUCCAAACUAGACAAGACGUUACUACUGCUUCGGUCCACGAAGACCUUUACCCGAAACUUGAGGCUUUAGAGAAAGAGAAUUCAAGUUUGAAGCUUCAACUACUUUCAAAAGCUGAGGAGGUCAAGAUUAGAACUAUAGAGAGGGACUUAAGCACUCAGGCGGCUGAAUUUGCCAGUAAACAACAGUUGGAAGGGAUUAAAAAGUUGACUAAACUUGAAGCGGAAUGCAGGAAACUGAGAGUCAUGGUUCGGAGAUCCGACAAUUCCAGUGAGCUCAAAUCUUCUAUAGAUAACCAGUCAGACUACUCCGGGAGAGUUUCUUUUAGUGAUAAUGAAAUGCAGAGUCCCUCUGAGAGGACUAUUGGGAAAACUUCGAUGGCUCCUUCAGUAGACAUCGGUUUAAUGGAUGAUUUUCUCGAGAUGGAAAAGCUCGCUGCUCUGCCGCAUUCUGAACCUGGAAGAAAAAAAUCAGAGAAUAACAAGGACUUAGAGAACUCUAAUGCUCAAUCAAACCAACUAAAGCAUGAACUCAAAACCUCGCUUCACAGAAUUUCUGAACUGGAAGAAAAAGUAGAGAUGGUAGAGGUAGAGAAAUUGCAACUGGAGAUGGCUUUGAAUGGAUCCAAAGAGCAAAUUGAGGCAUUGCAGAGUCGGUUAAAGGAGAUAGAGGGGAAGUUAUCCGAGAUGAAGAAACUAGAGGCAGAGAACGAGGAACUAGAGUUGUUGUUGGGUGAAUCAGGAAAGCAAAUUCAGGAUCUUCAAAGACAGUUAAACAAAGCUCAAGUGAAUAUGUCAGAACUAGAGACUAGAAGAGCAGAGAAGCUGGAACUGACCAUAUGUCUGAAUGGAACGAAAAAGCAGCUUGAGACAUCGCAAAAUCGGCUAAAGGAAACAGAGAGAAAGUUAACAGAGCUUCAAACUCUGCUUCAUCUAACAAAGGAUGCAAAAGAAGCGGCUGAGGAUGGUGUAAAGGCUGCAAAUGAGAAAACUGAAGCGGUUGAAUCAAGACUUAGAGAUGUCGAAGCAGAAGCGGAAUCUUUGACCUUGAAAAUCAAAUCUCUGGAAGAUGUCACAGAAAAGGAACGUGAUUUAUCAGCAAAACACAUUUCAAAGUGCAACGAACUGCAAGAUGAGAUCUCAAAACUAAAACAAGAACUCGAGCAUCAUCAAGAAACAGAGCCUGAGCCAAACCAUAUGAAAGGUUUUGAGCUGAAGCAGGAGAAGGAAUUAGCAGUGGCUGCCUCAAAAUUUGCAGAGUGUCAGAGAACUAUUGCGUCGCUGGGCCAGCGAUUACAGUCACUGGCUACACUUGAAGAUUUCUUGAUUGAAUCUUGAGGAGGAGCUUGAUCUUUCCCCAUGAAUGCUGACAAGAAUCGAUAGACUCCUCUAAGAUCUGGAUGAUGAUGAGUAGCUGAAUAUUGCGAAAGAGACUUGGAA